AUGUCUCAUACAAAAGUCUUAGAACCAUUUACUACUAAUUUAACAAUGAAAUGUAAUUAUGGUAGAUGGGCGCAUCGUAAACCAAUAGCUAUAGUUAAUGAAAUCGAAAAAGAGAAGAACAAUGAAAGGACUAGAAACAUAAAAUUACAAAAUACAUUUUCUCAAAAUAAAAACAAUUUGUCAAAUGCUAUAAUUAAUAAGACAAUAAAAUCAAAUGACAAUAAAACAAACGUCAACGAAUUGAGUAAACGUGUUACAAGUUUAAAAGAAAAUGAUCAUAUUAUUAUAUCUUUAAUGAUGAGUGUAAAGUCACGUAAGAUGCGAGAAAGGAGCAAUCUGAUGUGUAUGGAAGGCAACAGAUUAAUCAAAGAUGCAAUUGAAGCUGGACACAAACCAGAAACUAUUAUUUUUUCAAGAUUAUCUGAUAUCGAAGAUUUGCCUUUGCAUAAUGAAGUCAAAUUAUACAAGAUUCCAUACAAGGCGAUACAAUUAUGGAGUAAUUUAACUACUUCACCAGGAAUUUUGGGUAUCUUUCCAAUUCCCAAAGUAGAAAAUACAGAACCCUCACCUAAUGCUUUACCUCUCACAAUCAUCUGCGACAAUAUUAGGGAUCCAGGAAAUUUAGGUUCUGUAGUUCGUGUAGCUGCUGGAGUUGGAUGCGAGAAAAUGAUUUUAUUAAAAGGAUGUGCGGAUUUAUGGGAUACCAAAGUAUUGCGAAGUGCAGCAGGUGCACAUUUUCGAGUACCAAUAUACACUUCUGUUACCGACGACCUCUCAUCGUUCAUAUGCGAUGGAAUGAAUGUUUUUGUCACGGAUAACAAUUCAAUUAAUAAUGAAUUACUUUUCGAUGACUUCAAUUCACAAACUAAAUAUUCCGUUUCUAAAAUUUAUGAAAGUUCAAAUUUUAAGAAUAUAGACUUUCCAGAAUCCAUUGAAAAUCUGGAAUACUCAAAAUUGAAGAAACUUAUAAGGAACUCGCAAUCUCGAUUACCAAUUAUUCCAUAUUAUGCCGUUGAUUAUUGCACAAAUGAAAUUGUAAUAGUAGUGAGUGGCGAGACGGAAGGAUUAAGUCUGGAAACGGUUAAACUUUUGUGGGAAAAACGUGCUGUACGUUUAAAUGUACCUUUAUUAAAUAAUGUAGAAAGUUUAAAUAUUAGUACGGCACUUGGAAUAAUAGCGUUUGAAAUUCAACGACAGAUUGUAUUUAAACAAAAAGAAUAAAAUAAUUGAUAUUAAAAUCAGUACGUAUAAUAAUUGUAUGGCUAAAAAGAAAACAUAAUAGGAUAAAAUGUAUUUUAUUUUACUCAAGUUGUGUUAUAUAUAUAUACUAGCUACGCGUUUGCUGUAGCCCAGUCUGAUUAAAUAGGAAAGAAAAAAAGAGAAAGUUUCUAAAAUGUUACACCUUCCUUGUCCCAGACGAACUCGAUUUCUGUCUUCCUGGCCCUGCAUGGGAACCUCAAUCUUUCCCUAGAUGAAAGAUGUUAAAUAUUAAAAAUAUUUAAUUAAAUGGAAAUGAACAUAAAUAUUGAUAAAUCAGACUGAGCCAAAUUAUGACGUUGUAUAGAUGAAGGUUAGUAUUUAGAAUAUUAGAACAUAUUACUUAUAUUCAAAUAUCCCGCGAAAAUAUAUUUACAUAUGUUUAAAUGUGCCGCGCAUUCACUAAAUCUAUAGUCAACAGAAGACGCUGGACUUACCUGUAUCACAAUUAUUUUUAAAAAAUUAAUUAAUUAUUUUAUAAAUAAAUUAAUGUAAUAAAAACAUACCUGUAUGCGAAUACAAGGUUAUGUCAAAAUUUCAAAACAAUCGAUAAAGUACUUUUAAAGAUUUUCUUAAAACAUUGAAAUACCUUAUAAGUUUCUUUCAAUUUACGCGGCAAAUUGAUAUUUCCCUAUAAACAUGCGCAAAACCCCAAACGCGGUAUCCUAGCAUAUUCUAGUAAUGUUUCUAGAUCUAGGAAAAAGUUAUGUUGACAUUUUUAUGGGGAGUUUUUAACCCUUUCUCUUCGGCCAUCAAUAUGCAUAUGAUAUCGUUAGUUGAGUUGAGUCAUACGACAGGCUGCGGUGCGGUGUUAGGGGGGUAGAGGUAGGAGUUUUUUUUGGUGAGAAGGACAAGCCGAGAGCCAUUCCUUCUUUCCGUCCUUUGUGCAUUCAUCCUAUCGCGAAAACGUGGGGUGCGCGCGCAUAUUCCGUGUGCAUCGCGUGCUGCGUGCAGAUCGUGUGGUAUGAAAGAGCUAACAACCUUUAGGAUAGAAGGAGAUAGGGAAAAGGAAAGAACUAAAUUGUGAAAAAAAGAUAGAAAGAAA